CACAUUCAUCUCCUGGUAUAAACGGAUGCUAGACUGUGUCUCUAAUGAGAAAGAAACAUGUUGAAUCUGAUUUGGAUUUUUAUGACCGCAAACAUUUUGUGUGUCUCGGGGACAAGUUUAGUUCAUGUUCCCUGUGACGACAAGACUGUGGAGAAGUUGUCCCGACUGGCCGUCACGUACAUAAACGAGGACAGACAAACAGGUUACAAAUUUGCCCUAAAUAGAAUCACAAACGUCCAGGCGCAUCAACAGGGUCCAGCUGGAACGGUCUAUUAUCUUGAUUUAGAUGUCCUUGAGACCAAGUGCCAUGUCCUUAGUCCCAAAUCAUGGAAGAAAUGUGUUAUUAGACCUUUCAUGGAAACACAAAUCUCUGGAAACUGUAACACCACAGUGCUCCACACAUCUGGGGGCUUCUCUUACCUCUACAGCUAUGACUGCACACUCGUACCAGACCCUCCAGAGAAGUUACACUUGACGUGUCCGGAGUGUCCUCUGCUGCUCUCCGUAGACAGUAAUGAAGCCAUCGCUGCAGCUCGGACAUCCCUCCUUAAAUACAAUCGACAGAGCACAUUUCCUGUUAGCCUGACUGUGAACACCAUCAACAGAGCCUCCCAUCAGAGCUCCCCUGUUCCCGCUAGUUUUGUGGAGUACACUGUUCGGGAAUGCUCAGCCGCUUCAUUUCCUGAGGUUGUGUGUGAGCCAGGACAUGAAGGUAAAGAGCCCGUUGGUUUCUGUGUCGGGGAGGUUUUUGGCCAUGGCCAGCAAGAUGUGAAGGUGUCCUGUGAAAUAUUUCGCCCACAGGUGCAUGCUGUCACACCGACACAGCAAGAAGACACAUUUUCCAAAACAACAGCCCACAAUGCUCAUAUUCCUAAUGGUCAUAAGCCAUCAAUCCAAGAUGUUGGAGCUGUAACACCUCAGCUAGCCGACCCUGUUUAUCAGGCCAUCCCUGCAGGACCCGGAUCACUCCCAGCAGUAGACUCCACCAUUCCAACCUCUUCCAGCGAAUCCACUGAAUCUGCCGAGUCCAACUCAUCCGAGGAAGCAGGCGGCUCUGUUCGUGCAGUCAAACCUCCGCUGAACUUCCGUUAUGUGCCACGCCGUCAGAGGAGGCAGAUACCCACAAGCACUACACCUCCUCAUUCACCUGUGUUCCUGAGCAUCUUUCCCAGCAUCCCGUCUCCCUUCCGCUCCUGUCCGGGAGUCUCUCGCUACACCACGGUCUAAAGAGCCUUUAAUCGCAACAUUUACAAUUCAGGUCAAUGGAAUACUUUGAAAAAGGUCUCAGAUGUGUCAUUUAUAAUGUUUUCAGAUCAAAUGUGAUAAUUAACAGUUCUCAUAUAAAGUCUUGUCAAAACCAGCAAUUAAAUAUUUAAUUCUAUUUCAUUUUAAACUUAUUGUAAAUCUUUUUAAACCUCUGACAAU